GCAACGUUUAUACAUCAUGCCCUAGUUCAUUGGUUCUGAACCUUCUGUCACGGAAAAAUUGCGUAACCGCUCUGACGUCAGCUGUUUAUCAUGGAGGAAUAUGCCCGUGAACCCUGUCCAUGGAGGAUAGUUGAUGACUGUGGAGGUGCAUUUACCAUGGGGGCCAUUGGAGGGGGGGUGUUCCAGUCUGUUAAAGGCUUUCGGAACGCACCUGUGGGUGUACGACACAGGCUAAGAGGGAGCGCAAAUGCUGUGAGAGUAAGAGCACCACAAAUUGGAGGUAGUUUUGCUGUGUGGGGUGGACUCUUUUCCACCAUAGACUGUGGUCUUGUGCGUUUACGGGGUAAGGAAGACCCUUGGAACUCUAUCACCAGUGGAGCCAUGACUGGAGCUAUACUGGCUGCACGCAGUGGUCCCCUAGCCAUGGUGGGCUCUGCAAUGAUGGGGGGAAUUCUGCUUGCACUAAUCGAGGGCUUUGGGAUACUUCUUACUAGAUACACAGCACAGCAGUUUCAGAAUCCCAGUCCUUUUGUGGAGGAUCCGAGUCAGCUUCCCCCGAAAGAAGGCCAAGAGACACGUGGUUAUGGACAGUAUCAGUAAAUCCACUGUGUUACAGUGGAGACUGUAAUAUUAUAGACUGUGAAAAAAAAGAGGAUUGUUAGAAGUUUAGGACCCUCUUCAUAGUUUACAGUACCCUCCAGAGACAGGGGAUACUCCUGAACCUUUUAUCCUCUAUGGAGUGGUGCAGGGAUGAUGUAUUUUUGUAGGCCAAACCUGGAAACAAGUUAGCAUUUUAGCACUUCUGGUUCCAUCGUCCUAAAGUCAAUGGGUUUUUUUAAUGGGUUUUUGGUUAAAUGCUUGAAAUAAGGUCUGUGGUGAACACAAACUCAAGAUAUUUUUCAAUUUUAUUCUACAAUAUAAAAUAUAUCAGUAAUAUCCUCCUGUGUUUUUCUUUUUUUACUUUUAUUUGUGUAGUUGUUACUAACAAAUGGCUAAAUGGAACUACAGAGGUUUUGGGGACAUUCAACAUCAUCAGCCAAACAGGUUAUCUCAUCUACGCACUAGUCUGCUUCCACAGCCUUGUUAUGUUCGUCAGGGUUGCCAGGUUUUCACAACAAAACCCGCCCAAUUGCUAUUCAAAACUAGCCCAAUCGCUUUUCAGGGUGGGUCCCACGGUAAAAAUUGCGUUCUGGGGGAUAAAAUCUGAAUUUUUGGAGGGGCUCCUCAGGUAAAAGUCACAUUCUGGGGGCUAAAUAUAACGUUAUCUAGGGUCACUUCAACCCGCGGACAUGAAAAACAACCCUCAACAACAGUGUAAAAGUAGUCCAAUUCCACGGGAAAACCGCGGACUUGGCAACACUGAAAAUCAUACUCUUGCAAACUAUUAUAACUCUAACUUUCAGGGAAAAUGAUUUAAACAAAGACUAAAAGAGUUGUCAGAAACUUAGUGAUGGUGAUGCUGAAGUCAUGCGACUGUGGUGUACAGUAGUUCGAUUAUAGCCUAAAGUUGUAUUCACUUGUGAAAAUUAUCACGAUGAACAAAUGUGUAAGAAUCAUAAGCUUUUGUUAGUCACAGACCUUAUUUUCUGCAAUAAUCCAAAAGUCAAAGGAAAAAUACUUUUAAGGAUAAUGCCAACUUCCGGGUUGGCAUACAAAAAUAUGUCAACCCUGCACCACUCUAUUAGAUGGCCACUCAGGGGAAAGUAGUAAGUAAUUUUCUAUUGUGUAUGAAUUGUAAUAUAUACUUGUAUUUUCUCCUGUUGCAAAGGGAAAAUGUCACCCAAAGAUUUGUCAAGUUUAUACAGGCUUGUUUGAACACUUCUUACUAAGACUAAUAUACGGUAUAAAUGUGUGCUAGAAAAUGACUCUCCAUUACAGCACUUUUCAUUUAGCCGGACUAACUAAAUCAGUUGGAGAUAUUCCAGGAAUGUAAUUAAUUGCAAUGUUGCAAGAAGACUUGAAUAAUAAUUCCUAUGAAAGUUCAUUUUGAAAUCAUUCAGUGUUAUGCAAACAAGGCUAUGCAAAGUUGCAGUACAUUUUUAUAUUACAUUUAUCUUAAUCUAAUACAUGAUUUGGACUCUUGAUUUACCAACAGCCUCUUUAGAUUUUGCUUUAGAUCUUCAAAGUUAUUCAAAUUCAAAUUGAGAUUUUUCAGAGAUUUUGAAUAUUUUCCAUUCCAAUUACAUAGCAUCUCCUGCAUUCUUUACUGAUAAACUGAAAUGAAUUAAUCUAUAAUACAUAAUGUGCAGUCAAAAAAGACACUGUUGUUGAAGUUGAUAUUCAACUUUAAUGUUCCUCUACCAAAUUAAAUUUAUGUCAUUCAAUUUCUCCAGUUUGGUACCAGUAAUUUUCCUACUCUCUAUAACAAUCUUUGUGUAAUGUCUUGUAGUUUUUUUUUUUUUUUUUUUUUUUUUUUUGAUGGAUUAUUUAUUUUUUGAAGCACAAUAGAGGCAAGAAUAAGAGAAUAUGUAUGUAUAAGUAACCUGUCUCAAUAAAGUAUUUUAUGGUUGAUGCAUA